AGAAUCGCCCAGUAGCAGUUCCUGAAAGGUUUCCAGCAUGCAGCGCUCUGGCACCUUAUCUCGUGCAGAUUUAUAGAGGGAAUGCAUUAUUCACAGGUAUAGUCGCAGCACGCGGUGGCAGGUGAGGUCAUCAGCGAUCGAUCUUGUGCAUUGAAGUCUACGGAUACGGCAGUGGUUGAAAUGGAGAAAAUAAUACCGGUUACAACGCGAACGACGAUAACGACAUCGACUAAAAAACGGCCGUGGCUUUCCUCUGCAACACCCUGUUUAGCUUCCCUCGCAUCAAUCUUCACUCACCGUCCGUGCCUUUAGGGCCUUUCGCCUGUCUAUAAUGGUGUUUUCAGCCAAUCCAUUCCCUGUGCCACCACAUAUCAACUUCAUCUCUUUUCUCCUCAGGAAUUUUGCGCUCACUAACCUCAACUACGCAUACCUCCUUCAUACUUGACAAGCUUCGUCGCCAAAGUCGGUCAAGCUGAAAGACUCGUAGUUAUACCAUGUCCGACUUCACGGGCAUCGAAUGACAGCAUGUCCGAUCUUCAACAAUGCUAGACUGGCCUCAGGUUCGACUCAACCCGCCACCUUCGUAUUGGAGCUGAGGUUCAGGAGUGGCUGAAGAACAUGGCUGGAUAAGGACUGUCAGGUUGAUGUACCGGGCACGCCGCGAGCUCAUGAUAUCUUGUGGUGAAUGACAGAAGACAGCACGCAUCACCGAGUCGCGCCGCCAAGUCUUCGGAGGUCUUAGUGGGGUUAUCAUUGGUGGGGGUGCUUGGCGUUUGACCAGGAUAAGGGAGGACAUGGCUAGAGGCACAGGGACUUGGACGAGUCACAAGCGAGAAUCCGAGUGCUGCGCUUGAGAUUGGUGAUAACCGUUCCGCUGAAAUAACCACUUCAGCGAUAGUCGCAAGCCGCUUAUUUCCCCUAGGAGAGGCUAGGGACGUUGCAGCAUCGGGACUCCAGUCCCUGAUGGGCUCUUAGUGCUGGACCUUCAUUUCCAGCAGCCCGCCCGGACCAGUCCAGGCUUGAAUCCCUUCAGUAGUAACCAAACCACCAUGAUAAUAAUAUUAUGACGAUAUAAGAGGGACACUGGCCAGUCCGCUCAGGAUAAAGAUCGAGGACGUGCACGAGCAUCAGCCACUGCUUGUGCCCAGGGUUCCAUACCAAAGACCAAUGUCUCACGGACCAUGGCCAUGGGCAUUGACCACGAGGCUCAGCAACACCAUGAUUUUGUGUUGUUUUCGUUGUUUGUUUACUUAGCGACGGGCACGCCGUCCUCCAGCACAGCUUGUGUUCAUAUCGGCGGUGCCCUCAAAUUUAACUUGCAAAGUAUUACCCGAGAGAGAGAUGAGAAAGCCGCAAGAUAAACAGAAACUUCAUGAUACACUACGAAGUACUGCACUUUUCGUUUUCUCUUUGCAGCAUGGCAUCAUGGUUCCUUGACAACCGAAAUUUUGGGGUUCCCUGCCAGUGGAGCACCGGCAUUUGAUAGAGACGAUGCAUCGAGCAUCUGGAGAAGAAUGACAUGCAGCGCUUGAUUACAGUGAUUCGCGUGUUUCUCUCUUGUCUGGUCGAUACAAGACAUCGCACAUCACGUUGAAUUACCGCCAUGUCUACCGGCUCCUUAAUAAGCAAGAGUCCCGAUAUCGAUAUAUAUACGGAGUACUGGGCCACUGUUACAGCAAGCAAGCAAUAUUGCUGGCGAAUGUGACUUUUACAUUGUACAAGGAGCAACAUACUGUCCAUACAUAAUAACAUUGAAUGGAUCUCGCAAUGACUAGCCACUCGUUCAGAAUGCUGUCAACUUCAAACACCGGAAUACCAUGAUGAUCAACCACCCACACCACCGAGCGACUCGACCAUUCCACGGCUUCAUCAUUUCUUGAUUCAGUAGCUAUCAGCAGUACUAUCACACGCAAGAUCAACACCGAACCCACCUGCAACCCUACGCGUCACGGUCAGAUGGCUGUCACGACUAUCGAUGGCACAUCUGAGACACGGCCGUCACGCAGCACAGCUAUGCGCUGCCACGAGACCUCGGACUACAUUCUGGACAGUUCCCUCAAUAUCUUAUGCUUCUAACACGCGCAUCUCCGUCAUGAGGUUUAAGCAUGCGGGAACGGACGCUUUCUCUCUGUCAAAACGGUUCCUCUGCCACCAAAUCACCCCUUGUUUCUCCGAAGAUUUGCGGUUCAUCUGUCGAGGUUAUGGUCCAUCACGACUAUGUAUCCUCGCCUCUACAUCUCUGCUGCGCCUUUGAAGCUUGCGGAGCCUCUGGCUAUUUCCUUUUCUCUUGGCGUUUUCGCUGCGGUUAUGUCAUACCUCCACUAAAACCCAUUAACAUCAUUCUCUGAUUGGGAGUCGAAUGUCAUCUUGCUUGAAGGGCCUCGAGAGUACGGAUACCUUGUUGAAGUUCCACUCCCGAUGUUAAGUAGCGGAUACUUUUGGCCUGCAGGCUGUUGAGCUAGCUCUCUUUAUCCCUGCCCAUUAGUGGAUGCUCAUCCCGCUCCGCUGAACCGUUUCAAAAUGCUCGAACUCACGAUGGUCUUUGAACAAUCUCAACACUUGCCAAGACAAAGUCAAAGCCAGCGAGCAUCACCGUAACUACAAUAAAAGAGUUGGUCAGUGUUAUAUCAUCACUACUGCGGCUUUAUUCUUGUCGUAUCAGAUUGCUAAAAAAAAAAAAAAAAAAAAAAAAAAAAAAAAAAAAACCCCUUAUAAUACCCACAACUACACAGGCCGAUCUCUUUCAAAAUCUUCGCUGUAUGUAUUGCAUUGUUCGGCAUACACAUUACAGUGGUAGGUACCCUACGAUGUCAGGGGCUGGAACAAAUAUGGUGUUGUUACGCAAUAAACGCAAGCCAAGUCUCUGUGGAACUUGGGCGGCAUGGCUGUGUUUGCUACUCCGUCAGACGCCAGUAAAUCCUGUGCCGCUUACAAGAGUCGUAACACGGUCCGUUACAUUAGGGGCUGGUUGGAUAUUGAAUAUUAAAACAGGCAAAGUCGAAAGGGACUCAAAUAAUACCACGGAACAGUUAUACCCAUCUCGAGGCUCAGAUAUCCUGAACAUAGGUCUGAUGAGUCUGCGGCCAGAGAAAAGGUCUAGACCAUUAAAACCCAAGUCAACAUCAGUCUUCCUGCCCAAUUCGGCAAUAUGUCUUGGGUGGGCAUAAUACGUUCGACAUAUAAGCCGUUGCUGCAGGAGAAUAUCCUUCUGCAGUCAUGGUCACAGACGGCGUUUGAGCAGUAUGCAGCCGUCAAAUGCAGCUAUCUGAGAUGGCCAUGCUUGGUCAUAAUUUCGAGAAAAAAUCGUGAGGCAUGUAUUCGUACAAAUCUGUGCCCUAAACUCUACAUGCCGAGAUCUCAACGCUUUUCGGAAAUGUUGCUCUCCUUCUGGUAGGAAGAUCCAGCAACACAAACAAGGGUUCAGCGUCUAAGAGCCAGGAUAUGCUUAUCGUGCACUGACCAUGAUCUUGGUGUAGCCAUCUGGACGGAGUAUACAUACAUACACUGUUGGUCCGAGUCAUGUUGUCUCAAAAUUGCUUUUUCCGAUGAUAGACAUUCUUGAGGAACCGUGUUCCAUACAGCCUCAGUCUGGGGAAACAGUUUAAACUGUGAGUCAGCUAUAAAUUCCUCAUAUCGCAUCUCAUGCCACGUUCCAUAUUUAAGGCUCUUGGACGCGGCCUAGUGAAGCUAGUGUCCUUGGAAGCAGACAAAAAGAAGCCAUUCUCAAACUUGCAAUGAAUGCAUGGCUUUGAAUUGUCUCACUCAUUCCUAGAACCCAGCAGCAGUUUACAUUGGUUUCAUAUGGUGUGUUCUGCCGCGACUCGCCCAUACCCUUAUGGAUCAACAAGCGAAACAAUCGCUCCAUUAUAGUAUCGCCCAUCUCGAACUUGUUUAUGUUGAACACACGCCACUACGGAGACUGGAGACGAUCUACUCAGAUGCUAGCGGACAGAGGAUCUAACUCAGAGAGUGUGUUAGAGAUACUUACACCACUCUUCUGGCAAAUAACAGAAGUUUCUGUCCCUCCAGUGUGCCUCAAUUACAUGGUGCUCUUUGCCAUGUAAUUGGAUCGGCGACUUUGCACCCUCAUCUCGUCUGACUCUUUGCGCUACCGGCGGAUAUUCUAGAAAUCAAGGGAUGGCAGCCAACCAAUGAUGGAAAAGAGACCGCCAUGCCCAGAUUGAAACAAAGAGCACAUGAUGCACAACAAUCUCGCAUUCCUCACUCUUGAUUUGGGGUGGCAGAGUGGCAGCUCGGUCGAUGACCGUGCUAAAACGAUCGAUAUUCCUUCCUUCGCCCAUCAUAUUCUCUCACCGCUGCUCUACCCCCACGACUUCUAGGGUCAAAUGCCCAUCCCCCCAGAGUUCAAGAUGACAUACAUGACGCCAGAAGAACGACAUUUAAAUUAUCACUGGUUCACUGAGUAUGUUUUGCAGAGGCCUCACAUUAGUUUGGCGACAAAGAUGAGAAGCAUCUUCUAUAUAUGUUCCUUUAUACCCUUUGAAAUGCAUUUGGGGCUGCAAUUCCAGUGACAUCGGACAUCGCUUGAAUGGAUGAAGCCUCCGGCACAUGUCAUCACACCCAGCCACACACCGAGAUUCCUCU